GUUUAAACUUCCAACAAGUUGCAAGUUGCUGUUUUCGCUAUGAAAGUUCCAGUUCUAACUUGGAUGGCGCUGGCUCUGCUAAUGGGCAUUGCUGCAGCUCAAGGGCCUGCUGAGGCUGCUCAGGCGGGUAUGGGCAUGGCCGCUGGAGCUGGCAGUCAAGUCGCUGCCCAAGGAGGUGGAGGGGCAGACGUAGGCGUGGGCAUGGAUGUGGGCGUCGGUGCUGGAGCUGGAGCCGGAGCUGGUGGCGGUGUCAAGGGAGGAGCUGGAGGCGUCGGUAGUGGUGGUGGUGGUGCCAAAGGCCGACGCUAGAGGCGGCGGCACUUCCGUUUGAAAUACCAUUUGGCUUUUGCUGUUUGUUUAGGGCACGCACUUGUGCGUCGCACUUGCCCCACAACACACUUGACUCCCUGCGGCACUCAUAAUAUCUGUGGCACUCGUACUCACACUCACAUUUCGAAGGCACUCAUACUGCUAUUCACAUUUCGAGGCGCACUCAUAACCCCUUUUCACACUCACCUUCUUACACACACACACAAUCGGAGUGGCGCCAGUUUUCACGAAGGAAAGAGAGAGACUGGAGGCUCAGUGUCAUAAUUGAUUUGAAAUUGCGGUGAGUCGCGUCGCUGCCCCCCGCCACUGCUGCCUCAUGUGUCUCCUCGUUGGCCCCAAAUGCUGGCUGGCGGGAAGGUACACCUCACGAUUCCCCGAAUCGGCGGGCGCACUUCAAAUGCCGCACGUUUGGCAGUUUAAAUCCCCAUUUAAUGCCAUUUUUAUGAAAUACUGGAAUACACCUUCAAAAUGUAUCUAUGUAUUUAUCGAUUGUAUCUACAGACAGUCGCUGUGCCGGCAGUGGCAGUUUCAAGGCAGCAACAUAAAUAGAAAACUCAUCAGCAAAUGUUAAAAAUAUCAACAGAAUUUCCACAUAAAUCAAGUGAUCAAUAAAUAAAUAAAAAUAUGGCAAACACAGGUCCCCCCACCACCACCAGCAGCAACCAGCACUAGAACCCGCAAUAUUGUGAAAUAUAGCAAAUAAUAAAUAAAAUGAACAACAA